UGAAGUCCCAAACCCCAUUUCCAGGCGUUAUGAAUGACUAUGAGGUUAUCCGGCAGAUCGGAGAAGGUGCGUUUGGGAGAGCCUUACUCGUCAGAGACAAACGGGGAGAUGGAGACGGGAACUGCGUGGUGAAGCAGAUCAGCCUGAGGAAGAUGUCAGCGAAGGAGAAAGAAGCCUCUAAGAAAGAAGUGACUCUCCUGUCACAGAUGAAACACCCAAACAUCGUUUCUUUCAUCAAUACAUUUCAAGAGAAGGGCAGUCUGUACAUAGUGAUGGAGUACUGCGAUGGAGGAGAUCUGCUGAAGAAGAUCAACAUGCAGAGAGGAAUUCCCUUCUCUGAGGCCCAGAUUGUGGACUGGUUCAUCCAGAUCUGCCUGGGCCUCAAGCACAUCCACGACCGGAAGAUUCUUCACAGAGACAUCAAAUCUCAGAAUAUCUUCCUAACCAGUGGAGGGAUGAAAGUAAAGCUGGGGGACUUUGGUAUCGCAAGAAUUUUGAAUAACACUCUGGAGAUGGCCAGGACUUGUGUCGGGACGCCAUACUACCUCUCACCAGAGAUCUGCGAGAGUCGGCCCUACAACAACAAAACAGAUAUCUGGUCUCUCGCUUGUGUCCUCUAUGAACUCUGCACCCUGAGGCAUCCAUUCGAGGGCAACAGCCUGAGGCAGCUGGUCAGCAAGAUCUGCAGAGGCCACUACGCACGUCCCAGCCGCUACUCCCACGACCUUCGCCUGCUGCUUACCCAGCUCUUCAAGGUCAACCCUCGAGAGCGACCCUCAGUGAGCUCAAUCCUCCGACGUCCAUUUUUAGAAAAACACGUCAGUAAACACAUCAGCAUUCAGACGAUGCAGGGGGAUUUAAACCACGCGGCUUCCCAUCGAAACGGAGCAGCAGCUGCAUCAGAUGCUGCUAAAAUAAGAACAAGGCCGUCAGGUAACGCAGCACAAAAAAUGCAGAAGGCGAGAGCAGCAAAGCGACCUGGGGCAGCAGGCAGGAAACCCGCUACUAAACCGGACCACAGAGCGCCGUUCAGACUGAUCACCACUCCCUACAAACCUCUUCAUCAAAAAGCAGCUAAACCAGCUGCAGACGGAGCAUCUGCAGGGUUCCAGAACUACAGGUUGGAUGGGAGGCAGACUGGCAGCCAUUACCUGCACUAUUAUGCCCAGCUGGAUGUCAUUCAGAGGAGGAAUCAGGACAUUCCUGCUGCUGUUGCUCCACCUUUAGCUCCUGAUCCUGCGGCUCUGGAGCAAGUCUCAGAUGUGAACCUCCAGUUCUGGGAACAAGAUGGUCCGCUUGUGGAACCAUACCAGCUUGUGGCUGCAGCUCGUAACGAGUACCUGCAGAGGAAACAUGAGGCCAACCAGUACAAACUGAGAGCAGAAAAACAGCUGGGUCUGCGGCCGUGUACAGCUGAGAGCGAAAGGAAGCCAGGCGACCAGGAGCAGGAAGCUGGACUACCUGACAAGCAGCACUUUCCUCAGGACAGAAAACAUGAGGGACAGCAGGAGUAUCUGCGUCAGCUGGAUCUCAUCAGGCAGCAGUAUCAUCAGGAGGUGAGACAGAUGAGACAGAAAGCUGAAUCAGAGCCACAAGACAAACGGAGAACCUUUGUGGUGGAAAAAGCACGAGACCCGGAGCCCGCCUCGGAUGCUGAAGAACAGCAGAAAGAAACACCUGCUCAGGACAUGGAUGCAGUUGUGAGGCAGACUGGAGAAGAAAACGAGGGAAAUUCUCAGAAAAAAAACAAAGAUAAGAAGGGAAUCAUGUUUGAAAUCCGGCUGGAUGAAGAAGAAAAAGAAGAAAAGGCAAAGGAGGAGAGGAAAAAUGAAGAGAAGCAGGAAGUGGACCCUCUCAAUCGUACGCUAAGCUUCCAGGAAGGGGAGGCGCUAAAGCUCAAAGACUGGUCAAAGGAGAGAAAGGGGUGGAGCCAAAGGACCCCUCAGACUCUCCUGGACGCCCUGGCCAACAUGGACGUCAACUCUCCCUGCAGCACAGCGACUGAGCCUUCAGAAGGUCGCAGGCGGUGGACCAGCCGUCCCCGCUCCCUGCUGAACGCUCUGGCUCAGGCUGAACUCACACCAAGUCUGGACACAGCAUUAGAUGCUGCGCAUGGAGAGGAGAAGGGAAGACAAGGAGAAGAGGAAGAGGAGGAAGAGGAUUCGGACAUAGAGAUGGAUGAAGAGCGUCUGGAGUCGAGGUCUGAUGAUGAUGACACGAAUUUUGAGGAGUCGGAGGACGAGCUGAGAGACGCCGUGGCGGACUCCAUGAGGAACCUUUACGUCAUGGAGGACUCGAGCUCUGGAGAAAACACUUCGGAGGAGGGAGAAGAAGCAGAGAGGAAGGACGGAGGAGCAGAUGGCUCUUCAGGUCAUCAGCAAGCCCAAGUAGAGGUCAGCAGUUCAGGGUCUGAAGGUUCACCAAGCGGAUGUUUCUAGUAAAUCUGAAGAGUCGCAGACGGACAAGAGUGCAGCUUUAGAUAAGCAUCAGGCUGAUUCAGUGGUUUGUUAGCAGAUGAAUGAACUGCCUUAAAACGUGUGAAAGUGUUCACUCUGAAGUUUACAAAGGGAGUGUCUGCAGUGGUGUGACUCACAAAGCCUCAUCUAUAUAUUCAUGUUAUACACCUGGACUAAAAUAGUUGGCAAGCCUGAUUUUAAGUGCACAAUAAUAUAAAUGUAAUUUUAAGAAUGUAAAAAAAUCUUUAUUUACUAAAAAAAAAAGCAUGAAAAAAAAAACGUGUGGCCUACCUGUCACUAAGUUUUCAACAUCACCUCUGAUACCAAAACACAAAGGGAAACACUGAAUGUAACCAUGAUCAUCAGUCACAGAUUGUGAAAUAUACAUCUACAUUUAA